UUCUAUGAUUUUCUGUAUGUGUAUUUCUUAUAGAGCAAUUAAACCAUAAAUAAAUUCAAGUGUCAAACAGGUGUAUAUAAACAACCAGAAUUGCCUGAGUGCAAAGAAGAAGAAAAAGAUGCAGUACCUUGGUCAAAAUGAGGCCUCUCUAGCAUGCCCUCAUGGGUGUUGCCCUACUUCCUUAUUGUUCAACCCUCCACCACCACCACCACUACAAACUCAGAACACAACAACCAAACCUAGGAACAGUUCUGCUGAGUGUAGACACAGCUUUGCAGCAACAACAGCAUCCUCAAUCUUCCCAAACACCAAAUUCACCAACCAUGAGUCCCUCCCUUCUCUGCAUGAGUCAUUCAGUGAGUUCAAGAAAGUGUACCCUCAAUACUCCGAGACUGAUCAAGUGGACCAUGUGAGAGACAAAGAAUAUUACCACCUCUCUUUCUCCAACCAAUCAUGCCUUGACUACAUUGGUAUUGGCCUCUUCUCUUAUUACCAACGCCAACACCACCAUGACACCUCAAAAACCCAACUUGCAUCUUCUUCAACACCCCCGUCCCCACCCCAAUAUUCUGAUAAUAUUCCCUUCUUUAGCAUAUCCUACAAGACUGGGAAUUUGAAGACACUGUUGCUUCAUGGGGGGCAGGAAUCAGAGUUUGAGUCUGCAAUGAGGAGAAGAAUAAUGAAGUUCCUCAACAUUUCUGAAAAUGACUACUUCAUGGUUUUCACAGCAAACAGAACCUCAGCUUUCAAGCUUGUGGCAGACUCAUAUCCAUUCCAAUCUAGCAAGAAGCUUCUGACAGUUUAUGACUAUGAAAGUGAGGCAGUGGAAGCAAUGAUUAGCUGCUCAGAGAGGAGAGGAGCCAAGGCCAUGUCUGCUGAAUUCUCAUGGCCUAGGCUGAGGAUUCAGUCAACAAAACUGAGGAAGAUGAUUGUUAGCAAGAGGAAGAAAAAGAAGAAGAGGGGUCUCUUUGUGUUCCCACUUCACUCCAGGGUAACAGGAGCAAGAUAUCCUUACCUGUGGAUGAGCAUAGCACAGGAAAAUGGGUGGCAUGUGUUGAUUGAUGCUUGUGCAUUGGGACCAAAAGACAUGGACAGCUUUGGCCUCUCUCUCUUUCAACCAGACUUUCUCAUCUGUUCUUUCUACAAGGUCUUUGGAGAAAAUCCAUCAGGGUUUGGAUGCCUUUUUGUCAAGAAAUCUGCUAUCACCACUCUUGAAUCCUCAUCUUGUGCAGGAAUUGUGAACCUUGUGCCAGAUAGGUUGCUACUUCAUCCAUCAGAGGAUAAGGAUUCUUCUAAGCAAAAACCAUUGUCUAUCUUACAAGAACAAGACCUAUCUUCCUUGAGUUCUUUCUCUGGUCGGAUACAAACCUCACAAGCUAUAAAAGUUGAACAAGAAUUAUCUGAGCUUCAGAUCAUAGCGGCACCUGCAAAACCAAAACAAGGUUCUGGAAGAGUGGAAGCAAAAGGACCAGUUGAGAGCCUUCAAAGUAAGAAAGCACAAGAUGGUAGUGAGAAUGGGGGAUUUAACAUUGAUUGCAGGUGUUUGGAUCAAGUGGACUCUUUGGGAUUGAUAAUGAUCACCAAUAGAACAAGGUACCUUAUAAAUUGGCUGGUGAACUCCAUGAUGAAGCUGAAGCACCCUAAUGCAGAAGGGGUUCCCCUGGUCAAGAUUUAUGGGCCAAAGGUGAAAUUUGAUAGGGGACCUGCUUUGGCAUUCAAUGUGUUUGAUUGGAAAGGUGAAAAGGUUGAGCCUGUCCUUGUACAGAAACUUGCUGAUAGGAACAAUAUAUCUCUCAGCUAUGGAUUUCUGCAUCAUAUUUGGUUUGCAGACAAGUAUGCAGAAGACAAGGGAAAAGUUCUACAGACCAAAGAAGGAAGAGUCCAAGGAGUAAUCACCAACAAGAAGAAAGAUAGGGAUAAGCUAGGAGUAACUGUGGUUACUGCUGCAUUAAGCUUCCUGGCUAAUUUUGAAGAUGUAUAUAAACUAUGGACUUUUGUUGCCAGGUUUCUUGAUGCUGAUUUUGUGGAGAAGGAGAGAUGGAGAUACACAGCUCUCAAUCAGAAAACUAUUGAAGUUUAAUACAAUAAAUUUCACUUCAUUCUUCUGGAUUGUGGAACACAGAAGACUCAAGAGUGUGGAUUCGGAUGAGGAUUUCAAGUUGAGAAAAUAGUUAAAUUAUCCAAUCAUUUUGUUGAUUAGUUCAUAAGUCAUAUAGACAAUUCAUCAGUCAAAUAUAUUUGAUUUUACUUGCUUCUUCUGUUUUUUCCUUGCAUGCACAUUCGGGCAGAUCCACAACUAUACACUGGACACUGAAAGAAAUCACAGCUAGAAAAUUGAAUA